GAAAACCUGAACUCUCGCUCUCGCGCUUCCCGAGAUUUCGAGCUCUGGGGAAUCGACGCCAUCAUUGACGCUAUAUGCCUAUAGAAGGAAUGCUUUAUGAUUCUGCGAUAUAAACGAUAAAAAUACGAAUUGAGACUGUAAAACAUUGUCAGCUUAACUGGAAAUAUAUUUGAUCAGCCUGGUAGAAUAAUUAUCAACAAGGUGUUACCAUAUUUCCAAAAAUUCUGGUGCCUGAUUUAAGUGUUAGCCACAAUGAAAAGGAAAACGCCAGAAUACACAGGAAAGAAGUUUUUCAAUAUUUGAUCAGCCUGGUAGAAUAAUUAUCAACAAGGUGUUACCAUAUUUCCAAAAAUUCUGGUGCCUGAUUUAAGUGUUAGCCACAAUGAAAAGGAAAACGCCAGAAUACACAGGAAAGAAGUUUUUCAAUAUUAUGUGCGUCUGGUAACCAAAGUGUUAUAACUGUUACACUUGCCAUUUUGCCAACUACUGAAACCUUUAGUGAAAAGCCACAAUGAAGAGGAAAAGGCCUGAACACAUAGGAAAGGAGUGUUUCAAUGAUUCUGUUCCAAGACCAUCCACAUUCAGGGAUCUGAGCAAUUUAUCCAACACACAGUUGACAGGACUAAGUAGAAGCCUUGGACUAUCUUUAAAGGGAAAGCGGAACAACAAGAUAACAGUGAUUGCCAAGCAUUUAAACCUGUCCACUAAUCAGGAAAAUAUUGACCCUUUUCAUGCAACGAUUGAAUAUGUACGAAAACUUGAGGAUGGUUGGACAACAGACAUUCGAAAGGUCCCAGAUAUGAAAAUUGAAAAUGUGUUGAAUUACUUAAUGGCAUCUCAUGACAUAACAGUUAAAGGCGAUGGAGAUUAUGAAGUUUUCACAGAGAAAACACUGAAGUGCUACAAAGCAUUAAGAUCAUUUGAUUUGUGGGAGUCCAACCAUAUAAGUGGAUACCAGUAUCAUGAUUUGCAAGAAAUAAGUGGUUUUUGUGCAGUCAAGUGUAUCUCUAAUCCGUCCUUUGACACAAGUGGUACACAGUACAAUACGAUAGUAAUUCUGAAAGAAACAGGAGAACCAGUCGGUGCAACAUGUAUGUGUGUAGCAGGUCUAGGUGAAGCCUGCACUCAUGUGGCUGGUCUGAUGUUUGGUCUUUACGAGUUCAUACUGCGCGGUUACCGUUAUCUUCCAGAUGGCCAAAGUUGCACAGAAAAGCUGUGUCGUUGGACUGUUCCACGAGGUUCCAAAGUGGAACCAAAAGUUUUGAAACAUGUUGACCUGAAAUUGAAGAAACAACAAAAACAGUAUCGUGCAAACAAGUACAAUCCAGUACCUGAACAUCUUCAAGCUGUUAAUCUCUCUGAUUUACAAACACUUCAUGCCUCAUUAUGUCUUGCAAGCCCAAAUGUGCCUUGGAUGACAAUUGCUUCACAGACACUGAAUCCAAGCAAUGAAGUUUUAGUUAAUGAAAGGCCACCUGUGAUUGAACUGUCUGACUGUAUAGAUGGAGAAAGUGAAAUACUUAUUCCUUGUAAAGAGCAAGAACUUACUACUUCCACAAAGCCAUUAAUUCUCAAGGAACGUGUUCAGUUGUAUGUUGCUAACAAAAAAAGUUCUAUAAACCACUCCUUUGUAGUUGAGAAGGAAGUUGUGCAAGAAAUAGAGAACAUUACACGUGGCCAGUCUUCUUCGGUCGACUGGCAUAUGCACAGGCAGGGUAUGCUGACAGCAUCUAUUUUUCACCGGAUCCAGGCAAAUGUAAGGAAAAUAAAAAAAUCUGGCAAGGCUGAAAAUUCAACCCAAAAUUUAGUUGACAGUAUAAUUAAUAAAAACAAAUUUUCUGGCAAUGCUGCAACUAAAUAUGGUAUAAAUAGUGAAGCAAAAGGUGCAGAACUUUAUAAUGAGGAAAAGAAACUAGGACACAAAAAUUGUGUAGUAAGUGAAAGUGGGUUAAUUAUUUCUCAAAAGCAAUGCUAUAUUGGUGCCUCUCCAGAUAGAAUUUUCAGAUGUGACUGUCAUGGGCAAAGGCUAGUAGAAAUUAAAAGUCCCUACAAUUGUGUAAGUAAAGGCACUUCCGUUGAAAAUCUUGACUUCAUCUCUAAGAAAGGACACAGUUUGACCCUCAAAGAAACCCACGCAUAUUACAGCCAAAUACAAGGUCAGAUGGGAGUAUCAGGCAUACCAUUAAGUGAUUUAGUUAUUUUUGAUGGAAAGAAAAUCCAUGUGAUAACAAUAGAAUACAAUGAAUUGUACUGGAAACAGCUUGAAUCCAACUUACAGUAUUUUUUUGAACAGUUUGUGCUACCAGUAAUGACUUCCAACCAAUAUGAGUCUGGUAGUGCUCUGUUUGGUCAAUAUAGUUUAAAUCAGAAAAGUGCCAGAAACGAAGUACAGAAAGAAAUUAGUAAGCUGAGUGGAAACUACUUCUGUGGCAAAUGUAAUGACAAAAUAAUUGAGGAGGUCAAUGACGACACUGAAGCAAGUAUUUACUGCGAGUGUUUUUGUGGAUGUGGAAAAUGGUUUCACUGGAUUUGUGUCCAAUAUACACCAGAUACAGACAAUUUUGAUGUUGAACCAGAAUGGUUUUGUUCAGAUUGUAUGAAAAACUGUGAAAUAGAAUUUUAAUAUAAAUGGCAACGUAUGGUUGAAAUAGAAGCAAAACUAAAUCUUCCAUGCUGAGAAAUUAGUGAAACUAAAAAAAAAGAGAUUUUGUUUUGAUAUAUAAGGAGCUGAACAAGUAUUUUUGUUAUCUCAAGAAAUUUCAGAUGUUUCUGAAUGCUUGUAGUAAAGUUGUCACCCAAAAAAGGAGAUAGCCAUAAUAUGCCUAAUUGUACCUCUAAUGUGUUUGUAGUUUGUUCAUUUUUUUAUUAUGUUUUUGAUCAUUCUUAUAACUUUGAUUUCAAUAAUAAGAUAAACUAAGUGUAAAGUGAUUUUCAAAAAGUGUAAACUGUGUGGUAU